GGGGGCAGCGUGGAGUCCCGCCUGCCGCUGCGCGUUCUUUUCGUCGGACUCCUGACCGGAACUAGCUCCUAAAAGAAGGAAGCGCCUGGUGGCUGGAGGCGGGGCGGCCGGGAUGGCAGGUCCCGGCUGGGGUCCCCCGCGGCUGGACGGCUACAUCCUCACCGAGCGCCUAGGCAGUGGCACGUACGCCACCGUGUACAAGGCCUACGCCAAGAAGGACACUCGAGAGGUGGUAGCUAUAAAGUGUGUGGCCAAGAAGAGUCUGAACAAGGCAUCUGUGGAAAACCUCCUGACAGAGAUUGAGAUCCUCAAGGGUAUUCGACACCCCCACAUCGUGCAGCUGAAAGACUUCCAGUGGGACAGUGACAACAUCUACCUCAUCAUGGAGUUCUGUGCAGGAGGUGACCUGUCUCACUUCAUCCACACCCGCCGGAUUCUGCCAGAGAAGGUGGCUCGGGUCUUCAUGCAGCAAUUGGCUAGUGCCCUGCAGUUUCUGCAUGAACGGAACAUAUCUCACCUGGAUCUAAAGCCACAGAACAUUUUGCUGAGCUCCUUGGAGAAGCCCCAUCUUAAACUGGCAGACUUCGGCUUCGCACAGCACAUGUCCCCGUGGGACGAGAAGCAUGUGCUCCGUGGCUCCCCUCUUUACAUGGCCCCUGAGAUGGUGUGUCAGCGGCAGUACGACGCCCGUGUGGACCUCUGGUCUGUGGGGGUCAUCCUGUACGAAGCCCUCUUCGGGCAGCCCCCCUUUGCCUCCAGGUCGUUUACGGAGCUGGAAGAAAAGAUCCGGAGUAACUGGGUUAUUGAGCUCCCCCUGCGGCCCCCGCUCUCCCGAGACUGCCGGGACCUGCUGCAGCGGCUCCUGGAGCGGGACCCCAGUCGUCGCAUCUCCUUCCAGGACUUCUUCACCCAUUCCUGGGUGGACCUGGAGCACAUGCCCAGUGGGGAGAGCAUGGCACGAGCAACUGCCCUGGUCGUGCAGGCUGUGAAGAAGGACCAGGAGGGGGAUGCCGUGGCCGCUUUAUCUCUCUACUGCAAGGCUCUGGACUUCUUCGUGCCGGCUCUGCACUACGAAGUGGACGCCCAGCGGAAGGAGGCAAUUAAGGCAAAGGUGGGGCAGUAUGUGUCCCGGGCUGAGGAGCUCAAGGCCAUCGUGUCCUCCUCUAAUCGGGCCCUGCUGAGGCAAGGGGCCUCUGCGCGAGACCUUCUCAGAGAGAUGGCCCGGGACAAACCGCGCCUCCUAGCUGCCCUGGAAGUGGCUUCGGCUGCCAUGGCCAAGGAGGAGGAAGCUGGUGGGGAGCAGGACGCCCUGGACCUGUACCAGCAGAGCCUGGGGGAGCUGCUGCUGCUGCUAGCAGCGGAGGCCCCAGGCCGGAGGCGGGAGCUGCUUCACAGUGAGGUUCAGAACCUCAUGGCACGAGCUGAGUACCUGAAGGAGCAGGUCAAGCGGAGGGAGUCUCCCUGGGAACCCGAGACCUUGGAUAAGGAGGGGCUGUCGGAGUCUGUUCGGAGCUCUUGCACCCUGCAGUGACCCCACAGGACACCCGCAGGUGGAGGAUGCACUCCCCAUGCUGCUGCCCAGGAUCCUGUGCCCUCUGCAACCUGGUGGAGCAGCCCUCCUGGGUGGGCAGUUCGGAGAUCCCCGACCCCUCAGGAUACUCUCCAGCCCCAAACGGUCUGACAGCCUGGGGGUGGGUGGUGGGUGUAUGUGCGCACGAGCUGGGAGCAUUAGGCCUGGCUGGGGGCCGGUGGUGGUGGUGGGGCGGGCGCUGGGAGAAGUGUUUCUUUCAUGUGACCUUGGUUAGUUGGUGCUUGCUGGGCCCUGAGCCCGUCAGUUUGGGAGCAUGAAGAUUUCUGUUUCUGCUCUGAGAAGAGGGCGAGGGCAGCGGUGCCCAGUGCCUACCCCUGUCCUUGCUGGGAGCCCUGAUUGCAACUCACAUCCAUUCUUGUGCUGGGCUGAGCACUCCAAGUCUACUCAGGGACACCUACCCCACGGUCUGCACUCAGAACUCCCCAGUCUUCCUGGGAGCUGAUUCUUGCCCACCCUCUCAGUAUUUUGAGAUAAUCCUUCAAACAUGAAAGUAAUAUACUUUGUUGUGGCGUGGCAAAUUGAAGAAACCCAUGCCUGGUUCCUGCUCUGGCCCAGGAGGCACCAGCGGAGGGGAGAAGUGCUCAGUGCUCAUUCCUCCUGCUCCGUCCCUUUUUGGGGAACACCCCCUACUUGCUGAAGAGCUGGUCCUGGCCUGGGAGAGAGCAGCAAGGGGGCUGCUAAGCCCUCAGGCUUCAGGGGCCUGGCAGCCCAGGAAACCUGCGACCUGGCUGCUCCCCCAGUGUGUGCCCCGGGCAAGCGCCUUCCCCUUUCUGAGCCUGAGUUUCCCCAUCUGUCCAGCGGGGUUGCUAAUAACUCUUCAGCCCCCAAUGUGGGCUUUUAGGAGGAUAAAGUGACUUUUACCUGGAGAAGAUUGUACACAUCUGGAGUUGUUUGGGGCAUUCUUUCCACAACUCAAAGGGUGUUGGUGAUUUCUAAAUCCUCCGCCCUUCAGCGCCUCCUUGGGAGAGUCAUCUGUCUGCCCUACCAGAGGCCCAUGUGGAGUGUCCGUCAUUGUUUCCCUAUUAAAUUAUUUUCUGAA